AUGGAGGACGAGCGAGGAACUCGCUUGCUUGCGUCCAUCUGGACGUUGGCACUUCUAAGUCUUAUCUUGUUGUUUCUUCGUGUAUACUGCAAAUUAUGGCGAGGCAAAGGAUUGUGGUACGAUGAUUGGUGCCUCAUCGCAGCUCAGGUAACCCUAAUGAUCUCUGUCGCCAUAAACACGUAUCUGGUUUCUCUUGGGUUUGGUCGGCAUAAGGCAACCAUCAGUGAAGAAAACCUCAAGACGAUCAACCUCAACACCAUCAUCGGAGCUGCCUUCGGCAUCAUCGCAACGACGACCAGUAAAACGUCCUUCGCUAUCACUUUGUACCGAAUCGCCACCAACGCAUGGAUGAAGUACUUCCUCAUCUUCGUCAUCAUAACCAUCAACGUCUCCAUGAACUUGGUUUGGAUCUUUGGUCUUGCGAAAUGCUCUCCUCUCGCCCGAGUGUUUGAUAAGACGGUACCCGGUACUUGCUGGGACCCAAAGGCACUUCUUAAAUUCCAAUUGUUUGCUGCUUACUAUUCGGCCGUUCUCGACUUCGUCCUGGCACUACUUCCUUGGGCCAUCUUGAUGCGAAUGACAAUGCGACGACGAGAGCGACUUGGAGUCGCCGUUGCAAUGAGUUUGGGUGCCAUUGCUGGUAUCACCGGUAUCGUCAAGUCUGUCCUUGUGGUCAACAUGAAGAGUGAAGAUAUCACAUACGACCGUGUCGACCUCACAAUCUGGACCUUGACUGAACCUGCCGCCUCCAUCAUGGCUAUUUGUAUUCCUGUCUUGCGAAUGCUGUAUCACGAACUCAAGUUGAGCUCGAGAAGUUACAACAAAAACAAGACCGGUACGAAUCCCAACGAUCACGAAACGAGGAAUACAGUCCCCUCAGCAGCCAGAGGAUCCAGACGAUAUGUUCCUAACUCACGAUACGGCCGAAAUUCUGUGGUUAUCAUGUCAGGCUGGCAGGAGUCACAAGAACAUCUUCAGGACUCCGACGAAAGCAUCAGCGGGAUGAAGGUAUCCGCCAAUGCAGGUGGAGUACUGAAGACGGAGGAAGUCAGGGUUCAACACGAGCGUCUGAGCACUUUUAGCGAUGAGCACUCGAUAGAGUUGAGGAACUUGCCGCAAGCUCAGACCAAGGGCGGCUAUCAAAGCCAUGACCGAGCGCCUUCUUUCUAA